CACAUUCAAAUGGAGAUGUGUGAGUAUAAAUAGGAGGGCUGAAGGCUGCAGAGAUCAGACUCUCUCCACAGAGACCUCUACAGACAAAACCAUGGCUCCUACAAUCACUGCAGCAUCCACCCAGGACCAGCUGGUUCUCAGCCACAAGCUGAGGAAGCCUCUGGUGGAGAAGUUACGCAGAGAGAGAAUCAACAGCAGCAUCGAGCAGCUCAAGUCUCUCCUGGGUCCAGAGUUCCUCAAACAGCAGCCAGACUCCAAGCUGGAGAAAGCAGACAUCCUGGAGAUGACCGUCUGUGUCCUGACACGACUGCAGCAGCAGAACCAGAAGCAGCAUCAAGCAGCUGCUGAUCAGGGCUACUCCAGAUGUGUCCAGGAGGUGGCGCACUUCCUGUCCAGAGACCAGGAGAAGACACAGUCCCAGAGAAGACUGCUGAACCACUUCAACAAGCUGCAGGGCCUGAGAGAGGCUGACCUGUGUCCUCUGAGCUCCACGGUCCAGAACAGCACCAGUAAAGACAAGAGUCCAGCCAGCAGCGCCCCCUGGAGGCCGUGGUAGACUCCUGCAGAAACAUCUGACCAUGUUGGUCUUAUUUUGAAGACAUGAAACUUCAUGGACUUGUUCUUCUGAGCGUGCAGAAGGAUCCUGUCAGAUUUUUAUAUCUGAUGAAACAUUUUCUGUGAAAAUGACUUCAGGAUCUUUUCCUUUAGGAAACAAACCUUCAUGCAUGUUGCACGACUGAAUCUACGGUUUCUGUAGUUCUUUAAGUCUAGGAUUAGAAAAAUGAUGUUUUGUUGCUCUAAACAACUUUUGUUACAUCGAAAAUUUGUUUUUUCCAACUUUACCUUCAAUAUUUUUCACACCUUUGUUCUAAAAAGUCCUUUUUCUGACUGAGCUGGUUUUUAAUUAUGUUUAUUAUAUAAACAUAAAAACAGAUCUUUUCCUUUAGGAAACAAACCUUCGUGCAUGUUGCACGACUGAGUCUACGGUUUCUGUAGUUCUUUAAGUCUAGGAUUACAUUUGAUGUGAUGCUUAUUGAUGAUCUGGUUUUAAAUCUAAAUACCUGAAAACAUUUAGGUUGAACUAGUUUCAGCUUCAAUGGAAUUAUUACACUUCAGAUUGGACGUUGUCAUAUUAAUAUGAUCGGUUUCAAGGUCAGUUUCAAUGUUUUGUGUUUGUUAAACAUUCAUUUAGUUUCAAACAAAGUUAAAUGACAGUGAGUCAUGUCCCCGAAUCAUUUGUCUUUUAAAAAGACUAAGUUUUCUGUGACUUGUUAAAAUGUCAAAGUUGUUGUUGUGAUGCAUCAUCACCAGUGCUUUCCUACCAUUUUAUUUCAUUUUAUAGUAAAUAAAUAAACAAUAUAAGCUGAAA